AUGCGACUAUUCCGUGCAGUUCAGCACUUUGAAGGCCAAUCAAGUGUGUCCACAGACGCCUUGUUUCAGGAAACACAGCGACAGAAGCCACGGAGUGCUCCAAGUGCUGUGUUUGAAACUCUCAGUGGUACCCAGCCACUCAGACUCGUGUUCAAUGACCACACUCUUUCCUCGCGCAUCCCACGCCGUUCAUCACAUGUGAAGGAGAAACAUGAGGAUAAAAAGGCCCUCCAUAAGAGGGUUACCACCCUGAAAGAGACCCUUGAGCAUAAAGUCAAGGUGGAGGUUGGGGAGGGGGUUUUGCGCCAGCGCCGAUAG